UGUGCAUUCCGAGUGUAGGAACGCCUACUAAACAGUCGAUAACAACUAAUGAAAUUGAUAUGGGACUACAUCUCGGCAUGUUUUAAAAUGUGUUUAGAUUUGGGAAAAUAAUGAUUGUUUAUUAAGCACGGUUGUUACAACGCUUAUCAUUUGGAUAUCAAGUAAUAUGUCAGUGUGGAAUUGAUCGUUAUUUGUGUUUUCUUUGUAUCAGCUCAGUUCAAAACAAUUUACUUCCUUGUAACAAAAUAAACAGUCGUGGCUGAAUGAAAAUCUAUUUGCUAUAGUUUGUGAAUCUUUUAAAACUCGAGAGAGAAAAUGGAAUAUAAUUUUGGAUCAUCAAUAUCUUCCCAUACAUUGUGUUGGGGUUCGAGAAGCACUCAGUGUUAUUGUUUGUGGAAAUGGGUCAAUUCGCUACAAAAUAUACAGGAAAAGUACUUUCUGCUAUUCGGCCAUCUCCGGUAAGCUCCGAAUAAACAAUCGUUACAACUCGGCAGUCUUCGGCAAGUUCGGGAUCGUGGGAAGGCCCACUUAACUGUCGAUAACUAUUCGAAAUAUUGACACAGGAAUAAAUUACGACAUGUGUAAAAAACAUUUUUGUGUUUGAAAAAUGAUUGUCAAUUUAGCACGGUUUAACUAACUACGCUUAUCAGUGUGAUAUCGUGGUUUAUGUCAGUGUUAAGUUGAUCGAAAUAUUGGUUUUCUUCGUAUCAGCUCAGUACAAAAUAAUUAACUUCCUAGUUACAGAAUAAACAGAAACUGACUGUUCGAACUAGUUAGUAAAUCAUUGUUAAUCUCAAGGGUGAAAAUGGCAUCUAAUUUUGAAUCAUCAAUUCAGAGGGGCUGUGACUUCAUCCAUGAUUUUUCCUGCUCGCCUUGUGAAGAGAACGGAUUUAACACAGAAGCUCACCAUUAUUGCACUCAAUGCACGAAAUAUUACUGCCAAAACUGUAUUUCAAAACAUAACGGAUUAUAUCAGAAGCACGCGGUACUCGGACGGAAGGACGUGAAGAAAUGGGAGGCAGCCCCAGGGGUGGUGGACGACUUGGAGAGAUGCGGGAUGCAUCCCGGGGAGGCACUGAAGCUGGUAUGUGGUGACCAUGACCAGCUGUGUUGUCAUGUGUGCGUCGCCGUGGACCACAGACAAUGCUCCAAAAUCCAUCCCAUUCCAGAUGUAGCAAAAGGUAUUCAGAGAAAUAUUGAGUUUCAACAAAUUCCAAAGAAGAUAGCUGAACUUGAAAAGCAAUUCGGGCUGAUGAAAGAAGCAAGAAUAAAAAAUACGACAUCUCUGAAAAAGACGCGGACAGCCAUUUCUGAUGAAAUUAAAACCAUACGUAAAACGAUCAACGAAAUUCUUGAUAAGAUUGAGAAGGCAACUUUACAGGACUUGGACGGAAUGAUAGCUAAACUUGAAAAUACUAUAAAGAAAGAUAUCGAAACUUGUGAUAAAAAGACUAUCGAACUGCAAAACAUGAUUGCCGCUUUUCAAACCAAAGCAAAAUCAAGCGAGUCAAAAUCAUAUAUUGCGUACAGAAAGAGCCAGGAUAUGAUGUCACAAGCAAACGAUCAACUUCGUGGCAUAUCAGUCAUUGCGUGUUACAAUGUAACAUUUCAAGCCAAUAACCUUAUAGAAGAACUUUUAUCUGCAGUAAAGACGUUUGGAACGAAUGAAGAACAAACUGUUAUGACCAAACAGCGAGAAGAUCCCCUUUCCGAUUCAAACCACGUAUUCAGUGUUGCAGAGUACAAGGAGUACAACGUGAAGAUGAGUGAUGACAAACUUCAAUGUGAUAUCCAAGGCGUAUGUGAAUUGCCUAGUGGAGAGUUUGUCAUAGUAGACUAUGAAAAUUGUAAAGUGAAGCUACUGGACAAGGAGUACAGGAUGCUCGACCGCUGUGAUGUCCCGGAGAAUCCAUGGGACCUGUGCCACAUUGACGGAAAUGAAGUGGCCGUUUGUGUUGAAAGUGUACUUUAUUUCAUUAAUGCUACGAAAGGGAAAUUCGUAACUACGAGGAAGUUAAGCUUCACCCAUCUGUGUUAUGCUGCAGCUCAUCAUGGUGGCCAGCUUUACAUCUCCUCCAGUAACGCCCUGUACGUCUACACGAUGUCGGGACAGAAGGUGAAGAUGCUGUACGAGGACAAGUCUGGGGAUUGGACGGUGGAGAAAUGUGCCAUCAGUAACGACGGGAAAACAAUCUACAUCAUAAACAGCAGUAAACAUCAACUGAUUACCCUAGACAACAACGGUAACAAGCUGGCCUUACUCACUGACCCUGAUAUGAGGUACCCUACUGGAGUACACGUGACACCUGCUGGACACGUGUUCGUCUCCUGCUGGGACUCCUACACAGUGCUGCAGGUUGACAAAGACGGAAAGAAGAAGUUAGCCACUCUGGCAAGGAAAGAAAACGGAGUUUACGGACCGCGAAAUUUAUUCUUCAGCAGCCGCACUUCCUCUCUGAUUGUUGUUGGAUAUAAAGACACACUUCUUGUUAUCAAGUUAAAUUAAAACUAAAAACAAUGUUUGAUUUGGUACUAUCGAACUGGGAUCUUUUUUUUAUUGUUGCAAAGUAUAUUACAGUAUUGUUGUGUAUAAUUGUUUUGUUUAGACCGCUGGCUAUAAGUUAUAUGAUAGGAAUCCAAAAGCACCUUGUGAAUACUUUUAUUUGAUCAUAUUUGGGACAAUUUAUAUCCCACAAACUAUGUGAAAUAUUAAUAUUAUACAUGUUUUAUUUGAUGAAUGUAGAAUGUUCAAUUUUUGGUUUAUAUAUAUAUUACCUAUUAACAAACAUAGAAACGUAUUAUUUUUAUUAUGCUAUUCGCGUUUUGUAAACUCAUUAAAAGAGAGGCGAAUAAACGCUUU